UUCUAACCUCGCAGCUGACAAACGGUUAAAAGUUGAGUCUUUACUUUGACUUCAGUUUAACGGGAAGUUCUCAGCCUGUGAGUCUGACUGUGUAACUUCCUCUGCAGGCUAUAUACAAACGUGCGGUGAGCUAAGUCAGUGAAAGGUAAGCUGAGCCUGGCCCUUAACAUAACAUUCCUGUGCUGACUAGCAGGAUAGAUGCUGACCCAGAGUCCACUGCUCAGCUGCCAAACUCCGCCCGUUAACACCACUGGACAUCACCCACAGAGUUAUACUAGACCCCUAGGCUAGUAUAACUUGUGUGUGGCAUCUGCUACACCUCACCUGCUCGCACAGAGACCGCAGGUUUUCAGGUCUUUUUAAAGAGGCAUCAGGAAUUCCCUGAACAGCUUAAAACUGGUGCAGAUGAUUUCAUGUAUUGCUGCACAAGUGGCCAUGGCUGAUGAAAUCUCCCCAGGGAUGUCUGACAGACAAGUUGAUGAAAAGAGAAGUAAGAGGAAACAUCAAGAAAGGCAUUGUGUCACUCCUUCCCUGCCAAACAGACAGAUCCUAAUCAGCGCUCACAGUGUGAAGGCUGACUCUUCGUUCGGCAGUAUUUGUGUAGGUAUGAACUCACUUUCAGAGAACGGUGAUGCUGAAAUCCUUUAUCUGAACCCUCAAACGCCUAAAUGGUCUCUUGUGGAGAAGUUUGCUGAGCUCUCACCGGGUGACGAAACAGGACUUAAUGAUGACCAGGACUGCAGCGGGCGAGAAUUUUUACAAUGCACUAAAUAUAUUGACAAUAAAAUAUAUGGAUCUAAUGAAGUGCUCUUGGAUGCUGCACAAAAGAGGAAAAGGAACUGCUCGAAAUACCUCAAGAGCCAAAAGGUACAAAUGGAUGCGCCAGUCAAACAGAGAGCAUCUAAGCUCAAAGAGCUGAAUGUUGAGGAAUAUUCUCCAGGUGCAGGUGGGAAUAAGACCAUAAAGAAGAAUGUAAAUAGUCACAAUGUUAAGAAGCAGCUUAAAAAGCUUGAAGACGACAAGAUCCCUCGACUGUUGGUCGCGAUGAAAAAACGCAAUGGACUUGACACGGAGCAGCGUCCUUUUAAGUGCACACACUGCCACUGGGCUUUUAAGAAGUUCUGCAACCUGCAGAGUCACUUACAAACACACACUGGCCUCAAGCCACAUGUGUGUGAUAUAUGUGGCAAGGCUUACUCUCACCAAGGCACGUUGCAGCAGCACAAGCGUCUACACACUGGUGAGAGACCAUACCACUGCCCCUUCUGCGUCAAGACAUACAUUUGGUCCUCAGAUUACCGGAAGCAUAUCCGCACACACACCGGUGAGAAGCCCUACGUCUGUAACACUUGCGGAAAGGAUUUCAUUCGCUCCUCUGACCUGCGAAAGCAUGAGCGGAACAUGCACACCAACGACAAGCCCUUCCCAUGCACGCACUGUGGCAAGACCUUUAAUAAACCCCUCUCUCUGAAACGACAUGAGCGUAAGCACCUGGGAGAAAGACCUUUCUCCUGUCCCGACUGCGGGAAGGCCUUUGCUCUGGCCAGUCGCAUGGCAGAGCACCAGAAGAUCCACAGGGGAGUGCGUCCUUACAUCUGCUCGGUGUGCUCCAAGUGCUUCACGAAGUCCUCCAACUUGACCGAGCACGAGGCCAUUCACAGCGGAGAGCGACCCCAUAAGUGCACCGAGUGCGGCGUGGCGUUUGCCAUGGCUUCCCGCCUUGUUCGUCACCAGUACAUCCACAAUAAAGAGAAACCCCACAGCUGCACGGGCUGCAGCAAGAACUUCAGUCACCUGGCCACGCUGAAGCUUCACCAGGAGCAGACCUGCGCUGGAAGGAUCUUUGUGUGUGUGGAGUGUGACAAAUCCUUCCAGUGUGCUGCAAAGCUUGCACAGCAUAUGCUGAACCACAGAGACAAGAAUGUCUGAAUGUGUUUAAAGACAGCUAACAUCCAUCACUGUGUCAGUACCAUGCGCUCAGUUCAAAACUGUGUAUCUUAAUGUGUGAUCAGUGUGAUCAUUUCUUAAUAUAUUCAGUUUCAGAUACAUCCAUCUAUUUAAGGUCAUAGGGCACCAGUUUAUUUAUGUUGAGGUGAGUUUUUAUGAUAAUUGUUCCUUAUGCUUUUAAAACGGGUUACGCACACACCCUCCUCCCCAUGGUGCUGGGUUCUCUUGAGAAUGUUAUGGGAUAAAAAUUGCCACCAGCUCAGCACUGAAACCUGAGCUGACAGCUUAAUGGUGUAAUAUUUAAGAGGAUACUAAAGCAUUAAGACUAUAAAUGCAAUUAAUAAUACACAGAACAUUUUAACUUUAUUUAGACCGUAAAAAGGAUUUAGCAAAUUUCAGAUUGAAUAAUAACUAAACACCAGUCCUGGGUCAUUCUGAAUCUGGUGGCCAAGGUGGGACAUGCUGACUCAAUUCAAGUAUGAUUGGCACUAAGUUUGGCAUUUCAUAUUGCCCAUCACUUCAUCACCCUUUAUAGAUUUAUAGAUACACAGAGAAUUAAAUACACAACUUCAGCAUCGAGACAUUAGCCAAACAUACAGUAGAUUAAAGCUUUGCUCAAGUGAAGCUGCUGCUACACUAUGUUGUCCUGACAGAUGGUGAUGCAGCUUAACGUUUUCAAUCCAUGAAUCAAUGUAAGUAGGCUAUGUGUUUAUAUUCUCAGGUGCAUUUUAUAGUCUGGUGAACUGUCGUGAGUUUGAUGCACUUUUUCUCUAGCUUGAGGCAUUACUGUGACCAUAAUAAUAGACCAGGAGAGUUUGAAUGGUUCAGGGAAGCUUGUUUUUUGCCAGCGGACACGCUGUGUAAAGUUAGUACGCCUUUACCAAUUAUCCUGUGCUCAUACACCACGGGUACAAGAUAAUGUAUCAGUUCAGUAUGUGACUGGUGAUUGAUCCUUUUCCAGCAGUGUAAAGAAGCAUUGACAAUACAUAAACCAUAAAGCUCAAAAUAAUCUCAGUCAUUGUAAACGUUAUGAGGUGACCCAUAAAUACAAAGAUUGUUCUAACAUGUAUUCCAAGAGUAUAUAUUACUGUGUGUAUUUUACUCAUGUUGCUUUGUAUUCAUGAUCAUGUUCUGCAGCACAGCUGUUUCCAUGCUGGAUGUUGUUUGAUACAGUUUAGCUUUAGUUUCUUUUCAUCAUCAACAUUUGUGUUUCACGUGAUUUUACUGCACUGCACACAACCAGAAAACAGGAAGGUGAUGGUUUGAAGUGGCCAUGUAAUUAGCUCAGAUGGAAAUCUCUUGUACGCACGUGGGACGCACAAAGUAUCAAGUGGAAAAUGACCCCACAGUCUUUGAAUCUACAUGUACUGUAUGUAGUGUAUGAAGAUACGCAUGUAAUGUUAAUCUAUGGUUCCUUUUAUGUUGUUAUGCACAAGCAUGUUUGGUUGGUAAGAGGAUCUUUCAAACUUUAGCAUGUAGGAGCUCAAACUGCAGAGAUUUUCUAAGUAAAUGAUGUUAGUCCUUUUGAUUUGACUUUAUUCUUGUACUAAUCAUGGCCCCUCUCUAAAGAAUCAUGCCAAACAAAUAAAGACAUUUUUCAAAUGCCAUAUGAAAAUGUCUUCAUAAAUCUGUCCAUUCUGAAUGUUUUUACGCUUCGAUGUUAUUGGUAGGCAGUAAGCGGUGGUUGGUGGUAAUCCUGGUUGUGUGUGUGUGUGCUUAAUUCCAAGCCAGUGUGUCCCACUGACACUUGGCAGCUGCAGACUAAUGGUAAAAGGAGACAGCACCUGCCAUGUUGUCACUUGUUCUACAUUAACUGAGAGACUGCGUUUGAAAUGCCAGCUAUUUCUUUUGCGUAAUCUAUUUAUUCAGUAUGUGACUGCUGAACUCCUAAUUGAUAUAUUUCUUGUGCUGGUACAGCGGUGCAAAAAAGCAUUGACAUAAUACAUAAUAUACAUUAAGCCAUAUGACAGAAAUAAAAAUACUCAGUUACAUCAAAACAUGUUACAGGGUGAUACAGUCAUAAAAAGAUUGUUAUAAUAUGUAUUCCGAGAUUAUGUACUACUGUGCGUUUUAUAUACAUUUUAAGGAGCCCACACACUAUUAAUAAAGUCAUCUUCUUAGAUGAAGGCAUUGUAAAUAUUAUCAGGACAUGAACAAUUUGAUCCUAUGAAAAUCUGCUGGCUAGGAGAUUUGAAUGUGUUGGCUGUCUGCCGGCCUGAGGUCUUUCCCUAAUCCCCUCCCCCUCCCACCAGGUGGUACGGUCCAUCAUCAACAGCGUGACAAAACAAGAACACAUUUAAACAUAAUUAAAAAUAAACUUUACAGAUGUUAAAAUAAUUGGUUCCAGAAGAUUAACGAUGGCUUCUGUAAGGCUAAUAAAUGACCACAGCAUUGGAUUACAUAUCAAGCGUGGAACUCUGUUGAAUGAAUUUUUAAUUGUUGUUUAAUUAUGUUUAAUUGCAUAUAAAUUUUAUGAUUAAAAAAUGGUGCCAUGGGAUUGAUUGAUUUAUAUACGUUAGACUUACAGUGUACUGCUUAACUUAAGUAGAAGUAAACCAUUUUAAAACUAGCAACAACUAGUUGUCAACUUUCUAGCUAGAUUUAGCAACUUUUUAGGCCCUCUUAAUGGAAAGUUUAGCAACUUAUUUAGAUUCCAUUUCAGACGCCCAUCACAGAAAAUAUGGGAAAUAUCUUCAAAUAUUAUAUUGUAAUUCAUUCCCAUGCAUGUUGCGGGUAAGCAUAUAAGGUUAUCUGGUGUCUUUUAGCGCUAACACUAGUGACUUUUAUUGGAAAAGGGUUGGCAACACUGCUAGCUAAUGCUGGUGGCUGCCAGCAUUAGCUAGCAUAGCUAGUAAGACCAUUUAGUGUACAGAAGGCUCACAGAAAAACAUCUGAGUGCAUAUAUAACAUCAUUUUGUUAUUUAUUUUUUUUAAAUAUUAUUUUUUUGGCCUUUUGUCUUUAUUGAUAGGAGAGCUUAAGAUCGUCAGGAAACGUGGGGAGAGAGAUGGGGAAUGAUAUGCUGGAAGGGGCCACACAGGUCGGGAUUCGAGCCUGGGCCUCUGCAGCGAGCCUCCGCAUAUGGGGUGGCUUGCCGCCCCAUAUAUAACAUAAAUAAAGAGCUGUGAGCUG